CUACCUUCAACAAGCUUACGGAGCUACUUUUUGUUUUUCCUUCAGAAGAAAACUUAAACGGGUUGAUUUUUAUAUUCUAAAAGAUUAACUUGUUUUUCCAUUUUUGGUGAUAGAGCUGGAGAUUUAGUCUUCUGGAGAUAUCAAAGCUGAAGGGUCAUAACAAGAUGCUUGAACUGCCCGCACGGGUUUAGUCUAGUGGUCUAAACCUCAGCCAUCUGGCCGCUAAAGGUCGCGGGUUUGAACCCCGGCUACGUCCUUUCUUAAUAUAGAGUGGUUGAGGUUGAGUUGCUGGCCAUUAUAGCCCGGAAUUACCAGAGAUGAAAUGAACUCGAUUUCCAGGCAGUAUGGAGUGCCUCCUAAUUCCGCUGUAGCUGCUAAUAAGGCUACGCCAGAUGUUGAAUUUCUUUACAAAGGCCACCUUCCGAACAUACCUGCAAUUGUCUUAGGAGACACUCAAUUGAUCAAGAAAUGUGGCUAUUCAAUCGUCUACCGGAAAGAAAAAUCUUGGAGUUCCACGGCUAUAUGGGAUGGGUUCUUGAAUCAGAAGCCUUUCAUCAUGUUAACUGCACAUGGUCUGCCACAUGCUAAAUCCACCGGUUAUUUACUAGUUGUGGUUCCUCUUAUUGCAUUUUGCCUCACAUGCAUACUUGGUGCUUUUCACACUAGAGUUCCUAGAGAUAAGGGACAUGAAGCGGGCGAUGAAUCAAAGAAGAAUCGUGAUGGGCGCAGGAGUAUGCGAUGGAAGAAUGCCCUGAACUUUAAGGAUCCAGAUAACCCUGAUUCUGAAUUGAUAACCGAUUUCAAGAAUACUUCAGACGGUCAAGAGAAAGAUUUGAAUGAAGACAUGUCUCAAGCGUACAGAAUACUUGAACAAGAUUAUCAAAUUUUUUUAUCAGAAUGUGGAGUGAGUAAAUCAGGAUAUUGGCGCGAACGCUUCCAUAAAUAAAAUGCGUUUUCUGCUUGCAAUCUCAAGAUUUUGACUACAGAAUCGUCUAUAUAGUUCAUUUUUGGACUGGGGAACAAUUCUAAUUUUCCAUUCUCCCUCCUAGAUGUAGGAGUGACAGUGUGAAUAAAGUAAUUUAGGGUGAUUUUAGGUUUUUAGUUAGGUGUGGCUCAUCACUUUGUAGCUCUGGCUAGCUGAUGCAGAAAACAGUGUGGAUUCAGUUCAUGAACACCAUAGUUUUGUGCAGAGCAGGAUGUAAAAGUUGUGUUUGUUUCAACUGUUGAUCUCUAAAUGAAUUUACAAAAUUGGCAAACUAACAAUUUGUUGUUUACAA